CGUAGUCCAUUCCCAAACGCGAAACGCAACAUAGCAAUGUCCUCUUUAGGUAUGCUGUAAUUCCUUCGUCUUUACGUGUGUACUUAUUUGUCCAGCGUUUGGACUCCACUUAAAUUAUUUAUUUGUGCCAGGAUAAAGUCGACUCGUCGUAGUGAACUUUAAAGCUUCUCAGGCUAUGUUAACUUGCUAGUUAGCUUAGCUUGCUAGUUAGCUUAGCUUGCUAGUUAGCUUAGCUUGUUAGCUGCUAACAAAGAGACGCGGUCUUUAUCAACACGUCGCUAAGCAGAGAUCAGAUGUGAGUGUAAAGUGUAGGGAUUGUGUGAAAAUGUGCGAAAGAACGACAGCAGAGUACGAAGACUAGAAGGAACUUUCUCCAACAAAAGAGGAGAACGAGCGACAUCGUCAUUUGGACGUCGUUUUCAAAAAACACACAGAACAGUCGUCUGUGAAGAACACCUUCUCCCUGAGCGACAGGAAUGGAGCUUUAAGAUGGAGCAACAAGAGCCACAACCCUCCCACUUUAGAGAGGAAGAAGAGGACCCACUGACCCCCAAGUUUAAAGCGGAUCAGGAGGUGCCAAAAAAACAACUAAUUAAAGAUGAAGAGGACGUACACUGCAUCAAUCGGGAAGGAGAGCAGCUUGAAUGGUUGGAGGAGUUCGCAGUCAUUGGUGUUCCUGUGAAGAAUGAAGACGUCUGUGACGAACAUCUUCUCACCGGGCAGCAGGAGUGGACCUCCAGGACGGAGCUGGAGGAGCCACAGACCCCGCAUUUUGGAAAGGAAGGGGAGCCACGGCUUCCCCGCAUUAAAGAGGAAGAGCAGGAACGCGGAAUCAGUCAAGAGGGGGAGCAUCUGGAGGAGGUUGAUGUUACCAAGUUCCCAUUGGCUGUCAUUGUGAAGAGUGGAGAUGAUGAGGAGAAGAGAGAGGCGGAGCCUCCAAGCAGCAGCUCAACUCAACACAUAACAGAAGCUGAGGAGGACCACUAUGGAGGAUCACAAGCAGACAAGCUCUUCGCUCCACUAUCAGAUAGUGACGACAUGUCACACUCUCCUGACACUGAUGAUGACGACUCUAAAGCAUGUCCCACUGACAACACACACUUCCAAUGCUCCCACUGUGACAAAACCUUUUAUCAACCUUGUCACCUGAAAGUGCACAUGAGGAUACACACUGGGGAAAAGCCUUUUAACUGUUCAAUCUGUGGUAAAGGUUUUACACAAAGCGGUCAGUUGAAAGUACACACCAGAACGCACACCGGAGAAAAACCUUUCCCCUGCUCAGUCUGCGGUAAAUAUUUUGUGCAAAGACAGUAUUUAAAAAUACACAUGAGAAUACACACCGGAGAAACCCCUUUCACGUGUUCAAUCUGCGGGAAAGGUUUUACCCAAAGGCAGUGUUUGCAAGUGCACACCAGAACACACACGGGAGAAACCCCUUUCACCUGUUCAAUCUGCGGUAAAGGUUUUCUACAAAAUCGCAAUUUGAAAACGCACACGAGGUUGCACACCGGAGAGACCCCUUUUACCUGUUCGAUCUGUGGCAAAGAUUUUACACACAGUAACAAUUUGAAAUUGCACAUGAGAAUACACACCGGCGAAAAACCUUUUACCUGUUCAGUCUGCGGUAAAGGUUUUGUGCAAAGUAGCAAUUUGAAAGCACACGUAAGAACACACACACGUGAGAAAGUGUUGAGUUGCAGUGUGUGUGGGGAAAGAUUCUCUUAUAAGUACCAGUGCAAGAAACACAGGUGUGCUGGUGAGAACCGAAGCAGCAAAUGAAGCUGCAGGGUUUUAACUUUGACUUUCCAACACCACCACCACAUAUAACGUGUGUGUGCGUGUGUGUAACACAAUCUUGUUAAAUACCUGUUUCUACCAUAUGUAGAUUGGAUAUUUUACCUUAGUGCUUUAAUGUCAAGUACAUGCAUUAAUGUACUGCAUUGUGUACUUUUAAUUAAAAACGGACAGAACAAUUUGCCUGAAAAGGUGAGAGUAAAUGUCAGGUUCAAACACCGAUGACAUUUAUUAAACAGACAAAUAAGCAAGGAAUCAAACAGAGACAGAAUUCAAUUUGGCUCAAUUGGGGAGAAACGUCUGGGCUGUACUCUUGUACAGUCUCCCACCACGCUCUGACGAAAGAUUGUACGCCUCCUCUUUUAUUUGGACUUUCCCUCAUUACAUGGCAACAGCUGUUUGUAAAGGGACGGGGGUCGUAAACAGCCGCCGCCUUUGGUCACAAAACAGUUCAAAGAAAAGGUGCCUGGAGGGGAGUCAGGCCCUGCUUCCUCUCCGCUUUGUAGAUCUCGGGUCAAAACAAAAUCUCCCUGUGGAUUACAAUACAUCAAAGGAACCGACACCUUCAUGUCGCUUCCCAUCCUACACAGUGGAGUUUUACAAGGCUUUUGAUUAGUAAGAUCAAAGACAGCUUUUGUCUGCUCGCCGGGAACUCAUUGAAACACAAAGUUUUGUGAUAACUUAGAUACAAUUAUUCUGACAGUAAACAUUACACAGCCUAUGUUACAUGUUAUGUGUAUACAGAUAUUCAUAAUUCACUUUUAUGCUUAUUCAUAAUAGUUUUUUUUUAUACAGGUUUUUGUAAUGUAGUAUUACAUAUUUUCUAUUUGUAAAUUAUUUAACCGAUGUACAUAUUUGUUUUACAUUUGUUCAUACCUUUGCUUUUGAGUACACAUAAAUCCACACAUAAAUAAUGUUGUGGUCCUGAUGGCUUCAUCUGGCCAGGAUCUUCAGCUCUCACUGGAUCUUAGUCCAUGGUUCUCGCCCGGAAAAGGGUGGAGUUCCAUCUCCGGGUUGGGGAGGAAGCCCUGCCCCAAGUUGAGGAGUUUAUGUACCUCGGAGUCUUGUUCACGAGUGAGGGAAGAGUGGAUCGUGAGAUCCACAGGCGGAUCGGUGCGGCGUCUUCAGUAAUGCGGACGCUGUAUCGAUCCGUUGUGGUGAAGAAGGAGCUGAGCCGGAAGGCAAAGCUCUCAAUUUACCGGUCGAUCUACGUUCCCAUCCUCACCUAUGGUCAUGAGCUUUGGCUUAUGACCGAAAGGACAAGAUCACGGGUACAAUGAGUUUCCUCCGCCGGGUGGCGGGGCUCUCCCUUAGAGAUAGGGUGAGAAGCUCUGUCAUCCGGGGGGAGCUCAAAGUAAAACCGCUGCUCCUCCACAUGGACAGGAGCCAGAUGAGGUGGUUCGGGCAUUUGGUCAGGAUGCCACCCGAACGCCUCCCUAGGGAGGUGUUUAGGGCACGUCCGACCGAUAGGAGGCCACAGGGAAGACCCAGGACCCGUUGGGAAGGCUGUGUCUCCCGGCUGGCCUGGGAGCGCCUCGAGAUCCCCCGGGAAGAGCUGGACAAAGUGGCUGGGGAGAGGAAAGUCUGGGUUUCCCUGCUUAGGCUGCUGCCCCCGCGACCCGACCUCGGAUAAGCGGAAGAAGAUGGAUGGUAGUUUAUAUCAAUUGGUUCAUAUCUAAGACAUCUUCUGGACCACUUCUGAAUGCAUAUUAUUUACUUUAUACAUAAUCUGAGCAGUUGUGUAUUCUACAAGAUCAUUUACUUUUAAAAUAUGCAACUUUAUGAAUAUGUGUUUACUAUUGCAUUUAUUUUUGAUCGUGUGUUCUUUAUGAUUUGUAUGUACAAAACCAGUGAAGUUGGCACGUUGUGUAUAUGGGAAAUA